CAUAACAGACGUACUCAAAAAGAUCAAUAAACAGAUUGUGGAACAGAGGAACAAUUCUUUGGUAACCAGAGCAGAUUUGGAAUAUAUCAACAUGAUUGUAAACCUUGACUCUAUAAUUCAGAUUCUCGGAAAUAUUGAAGAACAAAUCGAGUUUGCUAAACUCAACAUUUUAAACAGAAAUUUAUUUUCAUUUGAAGAGAAGAAGUACAUUUUCAACAGACUCAAUGCUCAAAAGCUAAAGCUAGACUAUUUAGAUCAAAUAUUCCAGUACAGCUCAGGAAGCGUUAUUGUAAGCCAAGGUGAAAUUAUAAUACUGGUGAAAAUACCCAUCCUCGGGGACAACGAGUUCGACCUGAUCAACAUUCAGACGCUCAACAUAAACAGUACACGAAUCAGCACAGACGUAAAACUGGUGGCAAAGCAUGGAGACAUCAUUUACAGACAAAGCGAACUUUGCGACAUUUGCGAAGCUACAACCCUUCUCGAAGAUGAUUGCAUCUAUAACCUUCUGAAUCACCAAACACCAAAAUGUAUCAUAAAACCCGUCAGACAACCCAUCCGUGUCGAAGAAAUUAAGAAAGGAGUCAUACUUGUUGACACAAACAAAAAUGUAUUGAUCUCUGAUUCAUGCAACAAUUCCAGACUGAUCAACACCCCGACAAUCAUCGAAACAAACAACUGUACAAUCAAAGUGAUGAACAUCACCUUCAAUAACCAAGUAACUUUUGGAAAUAGUGAAGAAUACCUUCUCCCAAUAUACGGAAAUAAGUUGAUACAAUUAAACUAUACAGAGGAGAAUAAUGAAAUCAACCACCUCAAAUUGGAAAACCUUAACAGUCUGCAGGACAUAAAGUUAGACCUGCAUCGUUCAAAAAGGACAACAACCAUCGGAGGAGGAGUCCUCCUCAUGCUAAUCAUUAUCUGUUCUUUUACCAUUUAUAUCAUCGACAGAAGAUUCAAAGCGAAGGAAAGAGCAACUCUGGAAAUUCGAAGCCAUGUUGGAACCACCACGGAACUUAAACAAACCAUUGGAAAAGGAGAAUUUGGACCAUUACCGAGUCUCGUCCUUUUCGAAAGAUCGUCCGAGGACGGACGAGAAUCUAAGGGGGGAGGCGUUACACCACAACCGACCGACCAAGGCGUCCCAGAAGUCAAGACGUCAGCAAAAGCCCAGCCGAGACCCAUAGCAACAGACAGAGGCGUCAAAGUUACACCGCGCGUGUAAACCAACAUUUGCCGACGCCGCGGAAAUCAAUCGAACGACGCGAACAAAGGUUCGAUCAGGUUCGAACCACCGACGGAAAUAAUGAGAUCAGCAGAUGUAGUCUAUUUAAGCCUUGUAAUACGAUUAUAGAAUUUAGUCUUGAGCGUAGCCGAGUUGAAUACGGGCAUAAAGGUUUAUGAACCGAAUGUAAAGUGUUAUAAACGAAUAA